AUGUGCGCGCCACCGCACAAGAUUACGGUGAGGCAAGCCACGCCCCUGGUCUAGAAAUAACAGCGCCUGCAUUUUUCUUCAACUGGCAGAAACGCCGUGGUCAUUCUUUCCUUUUUUUCCUCCGUGCGCGAUGGUGUUUUGCUGCUGCACGUUUCUUUUUUUGAUUUUUAAUUCACUUUAUUAUAUUUUUCAGAGUAAUUUCACUAAAUAAUGUUGUGAUCGUUUUGAGCGUCACUUUGAAAUGAUUUUUUUCGAUAGUUUUUCGUUUCUUAUUUAUAAUAAGUCAUAAUUUUCGCAGGAAGUUUUGCUUUAAUCUUUUUUUUCUACUGUGUCAUUCAUCUUCACUUUUGAUUUCAAGGGUAAAAAAACGUUUUUUUGAACAAUUUUUUUAACUUCUUUUUUUAGCUCAAAAAUAGUUCGUUUUUGCAGUAUUUUGUCAGUCAUGUUCCAAAUUUUCUUCAUCCCAUGAAAGCGGAAUUCCGGCAAAAAAAUUUAAUAAAAAAAUACCGAGGUUGAUCUCGCCAAAUUUUUUUGAAUUUUUCUGACCUCGCCGAAAUGUUUUGACCUCACGUCUUAUAUACGGUCAUUGGGUCAAAGGCCCGGGAAAACUCUCCCGAAUGGCGCCAAGUCUUGGGCGGCAAAAACAACGACGUCAUUAUUCCCUUCUUCUUUCGUUCUGGGCGGUGUGUUGCUACUGCUCGUAUUUCCAAUUGUUCAAAUUUUGUAUUCAAAUAUAAAAUAGUUUAUAUCAACUAUAAAUUACCUCAGGAAUGCCAUUUCUAUUUUUUUGCGAAUAACUUUUUCAGUUUUUUUUUGAAAAAAAAAAAGUUUAUAAUUUUUUCAUUCGUUUUUUUUUAUCGUUCGCUGUACGUGUGUUUCCUUUUUGAAAUUGAUAUUCCAGAGACUACUCCCGCGUCUGUGAGAUGGCUGGUCGGACCUGGAAGCGCCUUCCGAUGGAUUUUUUGAAGAUGAGUCAAUAUAAGCCACUUAUAUUUAGGAUCGAUACUAAUGUUCUGUUUUUCAUAGAUGGGGACCUGGAUGGAAGUUUCCGAACUCUGCAGCUUCCAAGGCGAUCUACGGAACGCGAUCUCCUAACAAACAGGUGGCGUCGUUUUUUGAAAGGACGGACGGGAUGGAACAAAAGAUCGUCACCUUUUUUAUUGGUAUAACUUUUGAAUAUUCCAACGCGUGUUGCUUCUCGCGUUGAGAAACGUUCAAACUUCAAAGAAAGCUUCUUUCAAUUGUUUCGAACCAACUUCAAAAUUUUUAUUUCAAAUAUUUUCCCACAAUUGUGUUCCUCAACGUGAAAAAGUGAAGUCAAAUAUUUCAAAAAAACAUUUUCUUCUCGAAAAUUCUCAAACAUUUUCAAUUUUUUUGUGAUAUUUUCACAGAUCAAACUUCAUUUUUUUACCUAUAAAAACUGUCGCAUGAAGCCAUCGUCUAAAUUGAUAGGCAGGAAAAUUUUAAAAAAAACGUUAUUUGGUCGCGCUGGGUCGGUUUACCUCUUGAGAAUAUUGCAGUUAGAAAUCGAGAAAUUUUUACGAGUUCAAUUUAAUUUUCUUUCAGUGACCACUUGUCAAGCCGCAAGCCACACAUCUGUACUUUCAAAAAUCCAAAUUGACAUUUUCGAUCAAUCUUUUUCCGUUUUUUUGAAAUAGAAUGACUACUUUCACUUGAUUUUUUUUUUUUUUUCAAGAUUCUGUUCGAUUUUUGUAGUUCGGCUUGCGGCUUGAAAAGUUGUAAAUUUAUAAGAUCUUUCAUUUUUUUCAAAUCUUAUGAAAAAAUUUGAAAAACCGCAGCGCGACCGCGUCGCUCAGUCAUGCGUUUUUGAAUCUUGAAGCAGAUUUUUUUACUCGAUAGCGAUAAUUAGAAGAUAAUUCAGGUUUUGAUUAAAAAAUGGGGUGCGACGCGGUCUAAUUUUCGCAAAACUCAAAUUAAUUUUCAGGUUUUUUUCUUUCGGAAAAAAAUCUGAGUCCAUCCCCGGCCAACUUGUCAAGUCCAGAGCGACACUUCUGCUUUUUCGCUUCGAAACCCGUUCUUCUGAAAAAAUUCAACUAGUGAUUGCUUUUUCAAAUAUUUUUUUGUACAUUUUAAAUAUUUUCUCUAAUUGUCGAUUUUUUUUCCGUCUUCUAAUUUUCUCCAGGAAAAAGAAAAAAAGGGAUUGGAACUCUCGGCUUGACAUGCCGGCCCGUAUUUUAGUUCAAAAAAACGAAUAAUUUCGUGGCCGUUUCGCAUAAUUUUUCUGUUUCAAUUUUUCGAGUGCGUUCAUUUUUCGUGUUGAAUUUAUACUUCUCAUUUCUCAUUAGUGACAAGUUAAGUGUUCAUAGAUUAGUGAUGAGUUUACUUUCCAUAUUUUAGUGACGAAUUUAUUUUUCUUAUUUUAAUGAUAAGUUUAUUUUUGAUAAGCUCUGACUAGUUUUUAUAAGUUAACUAUAAUUUUAAUUACUCAAAACGUUAAUUUUUAUGAGGUAGUGAUUAAUUGAAAAUAACUGAACACCGGUCGUUGGUUUCAUGCGAUAGCAGAAGUUUGAAAAAAAGAGGGAGUUUUCGAGAAGAAAAUGAUCGUUUUUAUGCAUGCCUUGUUCUUUUGGGGUGAAUGUUGCCGGCUUCGGGCCUUUGGUAGGUGGCGGCGCAGAGAAAAAGACGGCGGUCUAUCUCGGCUUUUGUCUGGUACGAGAAAGCGCCAAAAAUGAGAGACCUGUAGUCUGGCCUCCAUGCUCUCUCGCCGGCUUCAGCCGGGCAUACAUGCGCCUUUUUCUCUGUCGAGUGGGAGACUGUGGAGCGAGGCUCUUUUUUUCCUUCCGGGCUCGUCAAUUCGAAGGUGGCGUUUAGUAGAUCUGGUUGUGUACGAAUGAAUUUCGUUUUUUUUUGUUUUUUUUUUUUAGUUUUUGUAGAAACAUUGAUUUUGUGAUGAGAAACAUUGAUUUUUGUAGAAAAAUUGAUUUUGCAUUGAUUUUAUCAAUGCUAGAAUUUUGAACUGUUCACUAGAAAAGUUAGUAGAUCUUCAGACCUUUAAGACUGAAGCAGUUUGAAAAAUAAUUUUUGAUCAUUAAGAAAAAAACUUAAAUUUCUAUCUUUUUCUCUCACUUGGGACGUUUUUGACUUUUUUCUGACCUUUAUUUUCACAUUAAAAACUCACGUUUCCAGGAGCCCUAAAAAAAUGCAAGUUAUUCGUACACAACCUGAAAUUAUUCUCGAGUUCAUGCAAGAAUAUUCAAUUUGCUGGUUGGUCUAUAGGCAUUUAUUUUAUUUGUAGUUUAGCUUCGAUCGAUUUCAGGCUGAAAACAAUUCUUUUGUCAUGCCAUCUUUAUAUAUCUAAGCUUUCAUUACAAAAGAUGUCGUCAAAGACAAAUGGAGUAAAUUUUCAGGAAAAUACUAGCCGCAGUAGACUCAAAAGCUUCAAACUUAAUGGUUCUGUGGAAGAUUUUUCUUUGAAUUUAAAUUUUCGAUUCACAUUCGUGAAUGAUAAUCAGUUCAACUUUUAAAAAAAUGAAAUCUUUUCCAAUGCAAAACUUAAAAAAAUUUUGGCAGAGAUCACAAAAAAUAAUAAUAAAUUCUGCAAUGUUCAUCCAUAGAGCGCGCAAGUUAAAACUUGAGCUCUUUUUUCUCAUAAGUUAAAUUUCAGAUAAUAGUAUUGAUCCGAAAACGGAAGAGCUUGUAAGAUUUCUCGUUUUUGUUUCUAAAGUUUCCCAGAUUUUUUACAUUAAAGACGAAGUAAAGAGUAGUGAGGCUAGAAGUUUUCGAAAAUAUUUUGCUAAUCUCGUACUAUUUCAUUUUGAAGAAUUUUUUUUCAAUAAAUUUCAAAUCUUUCAUUCUUCUAUUCAAAUUUGAUACCUUGAAUUUUAUAAAACCUACUUUAAUAGUUUUUCAAACGUUGAUUCACAGAGUUAGUCAAGUUUCAAUCUUUUUUUUUUUUUUGAAUUUGAAAACAAUUUCAAACAAACCAACCAGUAUAUCGAGUCUAUUUGCAUGCCUCGGGCGCCACCGGACAGUGUCUUGCGAGAUCAUUCAUGUCUCUUGUUUUCUCGCAUUCUCUGAGCUUCAUUUUGAGCCAAGUGAGCUCGAACACCUUUAACUUGAUCGUCAGAUCAUCUGAAACGAACAUGCUGGACAUGUAUUUUGUUGAAAAAACUCUCUUGAAACUGUAUCUUUUCCAUUUUUAUUCUGAACUUAUCUGCAAGGCUUUCUUUCGGAGUAAUUCUAAAACCAUGAUUGAUUAAUCACAGUAACUCUUUUUUUGAAUGUAGGAAGAAAAAUUAUAAAAAAAUAUUGUAUUCAUUUUUGAACUUUUUGAAUUUUUUUCUAAUUGAAACUCAACUUUUCUGACUUAACUUUACUCUCACUUGUAGUUUUUUUGAAAUGAAAAACAUUUCUGAUCUUUCACUUUUUUUAUUGUUUUUUUUAUGUGAAUGACUGUGUUCAGUUGGACAAGACAGGAAAAGAACGAAUUUUUUAGCAUAUCAUGUAUUUAGUUUUUUUGAACGUUCUUACGAUUUUGAAACGUCUUCAGUUCACCAUAGUCCUUCGUAGAUUUUCAGACAAAUCCAAAAAAAUAAGUUUUUAAUUUACUCGACAAAGAUAUUUAAAUUAUUUCUCACUGAAGAUGUCGAAAAAGCAAUAAGUUUUUGAAGUUAUUGAAAUGAUGGAAGCCUUGCAGAGGAACUUGGAAUAGAAUUUGACUUUUUCGUAAUCAUUUCAUGACCGCGAGUUUCUUGAAUUCAAGCGUCCACUGAAAUUCGAACUUCGAUUUGAGUUUUACUGAAGUUCAUCCAAGCUUUGCAAGUAGCCCAUCAAAAACAUGUUUUUUUUUUUCCAAAAAAGUUGAAAGAAAACUCAAUUUUAUGUUGCCUUCUCUUAAUCGAAGUAAUUUUAUUUUUCGGAUUAAAUGAAGUGAUUGACUUGGAUGGACUUUAAAAGAGACACAAGAGUUCAGAGUAAACUUGGAGAUUGAAGGACUUGUAGCCCAAUUAAAAAAAUUAAAAUUUCAAGAGCGCCUUUUCAACAUAGUGAAAGUCCAGCAGUCGUUUCAAAAGGUCUGCAGAUUAAGUUGAAAGAGUUUGAGCUCACUUGGCUCAGGAGAAGCUCAGAGAGUGCGAGAGAAAAAAAGAUACAUGAAUGACUUUGCAAGACACUGUCAAUUGUCGAGCUCGAAGGUGAGAGGAGCCUUGCUUGACAGGUCUCUCACCAGGCCUAAAGCCAUCCACCAAAGAGUCGGCCUUGGGCUCCACCGCACUCUGGAGCCUGAGGUCGAGGCCUCCGGCUCGGGCUCCACAGCCAGCCUGUGGAGUUUGAGGCUGGGGUCUCCGGCUUGGGCCCUUAAGGCUCGAGUUGGAGGCUUCGCCUCAGACUUCAGGGCAGCUGUGAAGUCCGAGACCGGAGAACCCGAGCGGCAUCAGAAGCACCAAAAGAAAGUCCGGCAGCGGCUCUGACCCUGCCGGAAAAAACCAGGUACAAACGGGGGAGGAGAAUUCUUUAUUAAAAAUCAUGGUUCAGAGUGUCCGGUUCAAUGCCGCCCUCGGAGUACGACGUCGUCCGGCAUCCAUCCCGUCACAUCAGUCGACCUGAAACCCUCCCCAUUAGCCCCCUUCGAUUCCCCCCUUUUCGGUCUUGAAACCCUCCAAUCCUGGGAGGUCCUACACGCCUUCUCCAAAUGA